AAUCGUAGUAUCCUCCAUUGUUGCUUAGCAUCUAAAACAAACAGGGUUUUAGAUUCCGCAUGAUAAACAAAUGGAGCCUUCCCCCCUAGUGAUCUGGAACAUUCUCUGUUUUCCUUUUUCUUCCUUUAUGGGCUGAGUUUGGGACUUUAUUUAUCUUUCGAUGGAAUUGGAUCGGUCUAACUUUGAAUUUAUUAAGUUUGCCUAGCCUAAUGGCCCAAGUCCAACUUAUAAUUUUUUUGGUUUAAAGUCCAACUUAUAAUGUGGUUUUGGAUGGCUUGGCUGAAGCCCAUUUUUGUUUAUGGCCCAAAACUAAACUGAUUGUCUCUUCCUUAUCCUUCUUUCUCUCUCCUCAAUUCUCGCUUGGCAUCGAUGGCUGGAGCUACUGCCAUUGCUACACUCUGCAACUUCACCGGAAAUCCUUGCAAAGCCAUACGUUUCCCCGUCCGCAGUCACUCCCUUUACUUUCCCAAGCUUAAUUUUGCUUCCCUUUCCAAAUUCUCCGGCGUCGGAUGGAAAGCUGUGAGACUUAACAAGCCAGGCAGUGGCUUCUCUUGUAAUUGUUUCUCCACCAUCUCCACCAACACUACCCAUUACGAGUUUUACGAUGGGUCUUCUGAGGUGGAAUUAAGACUACAACUUGGGGUCCAAGAUGUUCAAGUCUCCAAAGAUAUAUUUGUUGAUGCAGAUGGCACUUCUUUGAGUGUUAGAAUAAAGCAGUCUGGUUCUUUUGUCACGCUUAUAGAAACUAAUAGUCUCUUUGACAAAAUUAUGCCUGCUGAAACAAUAUGGUAUAUAGACGAAGAUCAACUUGUUAUUAACUUGAAGAAGCAGGAUCCUGAUUUGAAAUGGCCUGAUAUUGUGGAGUCUUGGGAAUCCUUGGCAGCAGGUUCUAUGCAACUCCUAAAAGGAGCAUCAAUCUACAUUGUUGGAGAUUCCACUGAAAUUAAUCAAAAAGUGGCUCAUGAACUUGCAGUUGGCCUCGGGUAUACACCUCUUGAUACAGAAGAGUUGCUGGAAUCUUUUGCCAAGCAAACCAUUGAUGCCUGGGUGCUUGCUGAAGGCUCUGACUCUCUGGCUGAAGCAGAAAGUGCUGUAUUAGAAAGCUUAAGUAGUCAUGUCCGGGCUGUCGUUGCAACAUUAGGGGGGCAAUAUGGAGCUGCUGCAAGGCCAAAUAACUGGAGGCAUCUCUAUUCGGGUUUUACUGUGUGGUUGUCACAGACUGAAGCUUUAGGUAUUUUGUCUCCAGUCUUCUAUUCAUAUCUUUAUCAUAACUAGGUAACGUUAAACUGGCAAGACAUUGUUUGACCCAUGUAGCAGUUGCAUGAAUGCAUACCACAAAUACCAUUUUACAAUUGCUUUGUUGCAUGAGAACCAUCAAUAUAUGCCACUAAAAUACAUUUCUAUCUAAACCUAUAAUGCCUGGCAUGAAUUUGUGUCUUAUGUCAAUGCAACUUCUUUGCGUUAUAUCACCUAAGUUACUGUUGUCAGUUUAAAUUACUUUCAUCCAUCAUCAGACUCAAAAAAUGAUUCUGAAACUGCAUGGAUAUUCCAACAUCUAGAUAAAGUGCCGAGAAACUUAGAUAUCAAGUUGAAGCCUCUAUAAGCAGUUUGGGUUCCUCGUAGCUUAGUUUUGGGGCCUAUAUAAUAUCCUAGACACAACUAAUCUUCAGUCAAAUAAUUUACUGUGGACAAAAAUUUAUUAUUCUUUUCAAUUCUGACUUUCUGAGUGCAGAUGAGGACUCCGCAAAGGAGGAAGCAAGAGGGCACUUUCAAGAUAGUAGCCUAGGCUAUUCAAAUGCCGAGGUUGUUGUUAAGCUCCAGGGUUGGGAUGCUGACCAUGCCAAAAGUGUUGCUCAGGCAUCUUUGAGUGCCCUCAAACGGCUAAUUUUGUCAGACAAGAACCUUCCAGGUAUUUUAUCCAUCAUUAAGAGCCCAUUUCCUUUUUCUGCAUAGAUGCACAUAGGAGAGCUUUGUAAGAUCAUAAAAGUGUAUGUUCUAU